AUGAAAGUCCAUAGCAAUUGUGAAUUAUCAAUAUAUUACAUCUCUACGAGAUACAGAUUCAAUUGGGACGAAGUAAAGUUCAGUAUUUUUCAAACAUACAAUUUUGUAGCACAUACUCUUGGUACUCUCUUCUCUUUAGCCGUAUUUAGUAAAUAUUUAGGUUGGCACGAUUCUCUUCUUGGAAUCAUUUCCACAGUAAGCAAAAUUGCAGCUUCCUUCGUGUAUGGUUUUGCCCCAAAUGAGAAGAUAUUCUUCUUCGGACCUGUGGUUGAAAUUUUGAAUGGCACUUCAUUUUUGGCUUUAAGAUCUAUCAUUUCAAAAAUGGUGGCUACUGAUGAAUUAGGUAAAGUGAAUUCUUUAUUUGCCUUAACGGAAAAUCUCAUGCCCCUGCUAUACAUUCCCCUGUAUACGAAAAUGUAUUCUGCUACAAUGGAGGUCCUGCCAGGGGCUGUAUUCAUGAUAGGCGCAGUGAUGACUUUUCCGGCUAUUAUAGUCUUCAGCUGGCUCUUCUACGAACAUAGGACGAGUUUGAAAAAACUAAAGAACCAUAGUUUUGCCGAA